GAUGACGAAAUAUCGGAUUGAGGAAGAGUCUUUAGGAAAGGAGAGAAAUCAAUAAGCAAGACAAAAUUUGAUGGAUAAUAGGAUGGAGACAGACAAUUUGCAGAAUAUAGAGAAUCUUGUUUAUAAAGAAAUUAUUAUGGAUUAUGGAGGUGAGCAAAUAGAGAAAAUUAGAUUUCAAAUAGAUGAUAUGAAUUUGGAUUUAUCAAUAUUAAAAUUAAUGAAAUCAUACCUCUUAAUAGCUAUUUUCAUCAGCUUAGGCAUCUAUUAAAUUGUAGCUACAUCACAGACUACCUGUGGUUGUACGUAAUUAACAAAUCCAACUGAUUGCUCUACAUUACCAGGUUGUUCAUGGAAUACGACUAGUAGCUAAUGCUUAUUAGGAAAUUGCGGAUCAUUCUCAAAUAGGAACACCUGCUUACAGGCUUCUAAUUAUUGUGAAUGGAACUUGGAUUAGUUGAUUUGUUAGAAUUUUCAAACUUGUCAAGAUUUAAAUGUGACAGGUAUGGCUAAUAUCACUAAUACGACUACUUGGACAAAUUAGUGUGUUCUAUAGAAUUCAUAAUGUUUAGGAUACAACCCAUAGAAUACUACUUGUGAAAGAUUGAAUUCAAUUACAUUAUCAUGUAAUCAAUUAGAGAUUACUUAUUGUAAUGGCAAUGUAGGAUCUGAUGGUGUUUGCUAUUGGAAUUAAGCCACCACAAACUGUACUGCAGUAAAUUCAUGCUCAUAAGUGAAUACUUUAUCAUAAGUGAAUGCUUAAAAAUAUUGUGAAUUAUUGAACUAAAAUAAUUAAGCAAUAUGUUAAUGGAAUUCAAAUUCUUCAACUUGUUAAUCAAUUACUAAUUGCAACUAAUUGACAGAAGAUUAAUGUAAAUACUUCUUCACAAAUACGAACUUUUCUUAAAUGACUUCAUGUAUCUGGAAUAAUGGUGUAUGCAGCAAUACUACCAUAUCAAGUUUACCUGCACAAAAUUGUAUGAGUAGUACUGCUUACACCUACAGAUGGUUUUCACCAGUCAAUAAUCCUAAAGUAGGAAUCUGUACAUCAUGUAAACCUAUACCAGUACCUAUGGUGACUCUAUUUUCAAAAAGUUAAUGUUCAUGUUCAUAGUAUUAGAAUCCAUAGGAUUGUAAUUCAUAGAGUUCAAGUUUAACAUCAUAGAAUGGUCCAUGUAUUUGGACUAAUAAUGCUUGUGUUUCGAAUUCUUGUUCAAACAUCAAGAAUCAAAAUGAUUGUAUAGUUGUUUAAAGUUGUUUUUGGAACUUUGGAGGUGGAGGAAGCUGUUAAUAAUAAAAUAGUUGUUAAGACUUAACAUAUAAAUAUGAUGGGGUUGGAUGUGCAGCAUAAAGUGUAUAUUGUCCAAAUUUCUCAGGUGGAUUCUGUGCUCCUUCAACAAAUUUAUAGUAAUGUAACACUUAAGCUACAUCUUAAACAUGUAAAGCAUAUAUUGGAAGUGAUGGACUUUGCAUAUGGAGUAAAGACUCAUGUGUUCCAUUGAAAUUUUGUAAUCAAAUUUUUGAUUAAGCUUAUUGUUCUGGCUAAUCGAAUAUUUGUUAUUGGAAUGGUUUAGCUUGUGCAUAAUUAUCAUGUUCAAACUUGUCUUAAUAGAAUUGCAAAUAUGUCAUAACAUCCUUCUAAGAGAGUUAAUACUAAUAUUGUAAAUGGAAUGGUCAAGCUUGUGUAGAUUCUUACUCAGGAUUAGCAUUAACCUCUUAAAAUUGCGUUAGUAAUACAGGUAAUACUUUCAGAUGGAGUACCAAUAACACUGCUGUAGGAAUGUGUGUUUCAUGUGGCAUAAAUUAAUUGGCAGUAUAAACAGCUUCAUCAUGUUAAUGUUCUUAAUUAUAUUCCUAAGCUAAUUGUAAUAACACAGGAUUUUGUACAUACAACACUGAUAAUAAUACUUGUACACCUGCAGAAUGUAAAUAAUACACAAAUUAGGUUACUUGCGCAUCAUUAAGUGGUUGUUAUUGGAGUGGUUCUAGUUGUAAAACAUUCACUGCCUGUAGUUAAUUAACAAAUGCAACCAAUCAAUUGGAAUGCAUCAGUAUGAAUAAUUCAUGCAAAGGAUUUAGCAGUGGUUCAUGUUAAACCAAUCCUACUGGACUUUGUUCAGCCAAUACUGUUUGUAAUAAUACAAUUGGUACUGAUGGACUUUGUUUCUUAAACUCAACUAAUCAAUGUGUUGGAUUUUCAUAAUGUUCUUUAGCAUCAUCAAUAACAACUGGAGCAUCAAUUUGUCAAAAAUAUUCAUUUUCUUGUUCAUGGAAUGCUACAAACAAUACAUGCUCUUAAAUUACUUGUAACGAUUUCAAAACAUAACUCAAUUGUAAAUUCUAUAUACCAAAUCCAAUUUCUAAUGAAAUUAUUCCAUGUUCCUGGAAUGCAACACAAGGUUGUGUAACAGCUAAUGAUAUUUUAACAUAAUUGAAUCCAACUACAUGCGCAGCAAGUACUCAUAAUACUUAUACUUGGAUAAGUACUUAAGCUUCAGCUUCAGCAAAUAAAGGAUUAUGUAUCAGAUGUUAAGAAUAGGUAGCUCUACCUAAUUCAUGUGGUUGUUCACAUUUGGGUUUAACUGAUUGUUCUUAAGCUUCAGAUUGUUAGUGGACAAAUAAUUAAUGCAUAACCCUUGCAUGUUCAUAGAUAGUUUAAUAAACAUUUUGUGCAUCUCAACUCGGAUGUGCUUGGAUAAAGAAUGCAUGUUCUAGCUUUAAUGGUUGCAACACUUUACUAGGUUCAACUUAAGCUGCUUGUAUGUAAUAAAAUGCAUUUUGUGUUGGUAGUAAUGGAACCACUUGUACCAAUACAUACAAUCCAUGCGCUAGUAAUUCAUCAGAAACCUCAUGCGUUACUGCUUUAGGUAGUGAUGGAGCUUGCUAUUGGAAUUCUGCUUAAUGUGUUGCUGUCUCCUCAUGCACUCAACUUCCAGAAUCAGCAUGUAAAUUAAGAACUAAAUCUUGCUAUUGGGCUGAUAAUAGUUGUUAAACUUAAACUUGUAGCACUCUUUAUUCAUAAUAUCAUUAAUGUACUUACGUUGUUAGCUUAUUAUCUAACAAAAAUGUAUAAUUUUGUUCUUUGGUAAAUAAUUUAUGUAUCUAAACAAAAGAUCCAUAAAAUUUAAAUAAAUCAAAUUGCUUCACUAGCUCCAAUAGAACAGCUAGAUGGGUUUCAAAUAAGUCUGGUUCUUUAGGUGUUUGUCUUUCAUGUAAUGUAUAAGCUGCAAACCUCAUUCCAAUUUAGAGUUCUCAACUAUGCUAAUGCUAUUAAUACAUGACAUAAACUGAAUGUAAUGCAGCUUCAGUCCAAUCAUGUAUAUGGUAAAAUACCUCAACUGGAACAACUAAUCCUAAAUAUGCAUGUGUCUAAUAGGCUUGUAAUUUAAUUACUUCAUAAUCACUUUGCGCUUUAAAUACUAGUUGUUAUUGGGAUUACAAUACUACAGCUUGUGCAUCAUUCACUACAUGUAGUUCAAUCACUGGCUCAGAUUUGACUGCUGCACUUUGUCUUAGCUAUUCAGUUUAAUGUAGAGGUUCAACCGGCAAAGCUUGUUCACCUAAUCCUUAAGCUCUCUGCAGUUCAUUAACAACCUAAGAAUAAUGCAACACUACUCCAGGAUCUGAUGGCGUUUGUCAUUGGAACUCUACUGGUACAGGAUCAUGUAGUGUAAUUACAUCAUGUACUCAAAUCACUAAUCAAAAAAAUUGCUAAUAUUUCAGCAAUAUUUGCCAAUAUGUUACAUCAGGAACUACUUCUACAUGCGAAGCACUUACUUGCUCUAGUUUCACAACUCCAUCAUUAUGCAAAUAUGUAGUUAAAUCAUUUGCCACAGGUGAAAUAUAAUAAUGUCAAUGGUCUGCCUAAACUUGCAUUAAUAUGUAAACAUCACAAUCGUUAACUUCUUCUAAUUGUUAAUCCAAUACAGGAUUCACUUACAGAUGGUAUCCAACACUUAGCAACAGUGGUGAUGGUUAUUGUACAAAAUGCGCUAUAAAUACCUUAUAUGUCCCAGGAUAAUGUGCUUGCAGUUAACUAAUUUAGCAACAAGAUUGUUUAUCAAAUCUUUAAUGUUCUUGGUCUACAUCUCCAACUACUCCAAGUUGUUAUAAUAAACCUUGUAGUUAAAUUCUUUAACAAUCUGUUUGUAGUACCAAUCCAAGAUGUGCUUGGUCUGUUGCUACAUCAACAUGUUAACCAUUUUCUUAAUGUGAUGAUCUAUCAGGAAUAAACUCUGGAGAAUGUGCCAGUUAUUCAAUCUUUUGUGCAGCAACAUCAACUACCUUAUCCAAUUACGAUUAGAAAUUCAAAUGUGCACCAACAGCAAACCAAAAAUGUAGUAAUGUUACACCUGCACCUACUGGAGCAUCAACAAAUUAAUAAUUAAAUUGUGAGAAUACUUUUGUUUCUUCUAGUAUUUGUUUAUAUAAUUCUACUACUAAGUAAUGUACAUAGAUAACAAGUUGCUCAUAAAUAUUAUCAUAAUCAAAAUGUUAACGACUUAUUCAUUCAUGUUAUUGGUAACCAGCAUCAGGAACAACAGCAGCAUAAUGUACGAAUGCUACUUGUCCAAAUAUUACAAAUCAAUUAGAUUGUACUUAUGUUUCAAGUACUCUUUCAACUCCUUCAAAAUCAAGCAUUACUUAAUGUUUUUGGUAACAAAAUACAGGUUGUGUAUCAGCUCAAUAAGCUUCAAUACCUUUAACAAACACUACUUGUUAUUCUAAUUCAUUUAUGAUGUCAAGAUGGAUAACUACACAAGCAGGUGGUAAAUGUGUGUAAUGCAACUAAUAUAGUGCAGGUAAUGUUUUUAAACCAAUAUGUUCAUGUUCUUCUUUGUCAUAAUCUGAAUGUACUUAUGCAUCACCAUAAUGUACAGUAAAUGGAACUUCAUGUGUAGAGUAACCAUGUACAGGGUUAUCUUAAAACUAAUGUGCUAUAAAUUAAAAAUGUAUCUAUCUUGGAGGUGCUUGUCAAAACUAUACUUCUACCAAUACUUGUGGUAAUAUUACCUCUCCAAAAUCAAAUUAUGAUUGCGCACAAUAUUCAACUAAUUGUCUAUAAUAUAAUGGCACAACUAGUACAUGUUCUAACCUUGAUUGCAGCAAAUUAUCUACUAAUGUUAGUUGCGCUUCCGUUGAAUUUUGUUCUUGGACCAAUGAUAAAUGCUAAACUAUAAAUAAUUGCAAAUAGAUUACUGAUGUUGCUCUAUGCAGUUUGUAAACCAACAGAUGUUAAUGGAGUGUUGUUUUCAAUUCUUGCGUUACAUAAUCAUGCAGCUCUUAUACCUCUUAAGCUGAUUGUACCUAUGUCUACACCUCCUAUUCCUAAGCAGAUGUAGCUCUAUGUUAUUGGGAUACCUUCUAUAAUGACUGUAGAAGUGCUUCACUAUCAUUAUUAUCAAACUUCACUUAGAAUAACACAGCAACAUGCUACGUGAAUACAGGACAUCUUUAUCAUUUAGAUGAAGGUGAAUGUACAAGAUGCUUCUAAAACAUUUUGAGUAUUCUUCUUAUCACAGUGCUCCUUUUAUUCAUUUGAGAGUGAUAACAUUUAAAUAUCAAGUCAUAUUAUUAAAAU